GGAACUAUCUUUAACCGCUCAGUAUCUUUGACGCUUGUUGGGUUUGAGGGUGUUGCUUAGGAACGUUAGAAUUUCAACUCUCCUCCAAUCACUGCCCGAGAAAGAGGUCACGUGUUGUAAUUCAGCCAAUCAGAGAAGAGGAAGCGUCGCUGUCUGUUGAAGUUUGUCCAAGCUUCACUCACACAGACUUUCCUGUUAUUCGUGCUGAAUUUAGCCAAUAAACAUUAAAUAAUCUUCUUAUGAAUGAUUAUAUAUUCUAUGUCCUGACGAGCCAGGCGGUGUUUCUCAUAUGAGGAAAGCAAUGAGACUCCGGUCAGGCUCACCUCCGAUCCACGUGCACGUCAAUGAUGCCACACCUGUCCAUGUGCACUUGAAGAGCAAAAGGACGAGUCCUACAAGGACGCCUCAGAGUAAGACAAAAGCAGACAGAGGAGUCCUUCAUCCCACAGCCAAGGUCAAAACUCGAGUGCCAUGGAUUCCACCGGGAAAGGCCUCCAUACGGGACGCUACACUCACCUGGGAGGGACCAACGCACUGCCUUGAGAUCUCGCCACCACAACCAGAACCAGAACCAGAACUAGAACUGUCCCAGUCUGCGCUGCGACUGGCCGACCUCACGUCAGAGGAAGAGGAAGGUCUGCAUGGGAGGAUCAACGAUUAUGAGAGGAAGAUUGACACCUUAAUGACAGAGGUCAGCUCCCUGAAGAACGAGGUGGAGCUGCGUAAGAAGGAGCAGCUGCUUGAGCGUCAGUCUGAGCAGCUGAGCGUAUCUCAGCGGGUGAUCGCCGAGCAGGAGGAGGAGCUGGUGGAGGUGACGAAGGAGCUGGAGGAGACGGAGCGAGAGAACACACGACUCCGUCUGUCCAUGGAGAAGAUGAUGGAGGAGAGCGGCUACAGCAGAUUAGACGAAGACGCGAUGAACAGAGACAGAGAUGCUCUGCUCAGAAAGCUGCUGGAGGCCGAGGUGGACGGAUCGGCUGCAGCCAAACAAGUUUCAGAGCUGAGAGAGUCGGUGUCCAAACUGUGCAGAGGGAGCGGCAGCAAGAAACUCUCCGGCUCUGAGUCCUCGGUCUUGGCUCGUCAGAAGGAUUUGCUGCUUCAGAAACUGGAGACAUUUGAGGCCACAAACCGGACGCUGCGACUCCUCCUCAGAGAGCAGCACGGCUCACAGAUUGAGACCGGAAGACUGUCGGAGCAGAAAGAAGCUUUACUGAAGACGCUGGCCGACACCGAGGCAGAGAACGCUCAUCUUGUGGUGAAACUUCAAGAGAGAGACAGAGAGGUCAAUCAGCUCUCCAAACUUCUGGGUGCUGAGAAGGAUAACUCCAAGAGCACGGUAAAGCUGUCCAAGAGUCUAGAGACGACGAGAGCUCAUCUACAAGGACAGCUCCGCGGUAAAGAGGCUGAAAACAACCGACUCAAUGUGCAGAUAAAGAAUCUGGAGCGAGCAUCGAACCAGCAGAAGGCAGAGAUGGAGCGUCUGAAGGAGCAGCUGGAGACGAUGAGGCAGCAGGUGGUUUCAGACCGGGAUGCUCUGAAGCGAGCCACGAGAGCGCAGAAACAACGAGCAGAGCGCAGCGAGGGAACUGCUGGACAGCUCAGCGUGCAACUACUGGAGAUGGAGAAGCAGGUGUCCGAGGCGCUGACGGCCGCAGAGAGCUGGCAGAGUCGACACUCGCAGGAAGUGAGAGACAAGAGCAAACUGGAGGUCGAAGUCUCGCUGAUGAAAAGCCGUUCAGCAGAGCUGACGGAGCAGCUGCAGAGCUCGGAGGAGAAGAGCCGGGCGGAGAGAGAAACUCUGAUGGAUCACCUGCACGCUCUGACCGCAGAGAGCACCGCUGCUAAAGUGGAGAACCAGACGUUAAAGGCUGCAGCAUCUGCUGUGGAGGAGAAGCUGUCCUCGUCUCAGACAGAGCUCCAGCAGGUCAAAGCUUCCAUCCAGCAGUAUGAGAGUCUGCUGGACAGCUACAAGAUCCAGGUCGGGAAGACCCGCGCCGAGGCCGACGAGUACUGUUCCCGGUUGGCUCAGGCGGAGCGGGAGGCACAGGCGGUGCGGGCGGAGCUGGAGACUGAGAUCGAUGAGGUACGCAGAGAGCUGCUGGGUCGGCUGACGGAGCUGGAGCCUCUUCCCGAAGCUUUACGGCGCUCCAGAGUUCAGCUGACGGAGGCUCAGGAGAGAGAGCGCAGCCAGGAGAGACGCAGUGUGGAGCUCAGCGCCACUCUGACAGAUCUACGGAUGAAGGUGGAGACUCAGAGCAGCCAGAUGGAGCUCCUCAGACAGAAGAACAAGCUGCUGAUGGAGGAGAACAGACAGCUGCAGCAGAGAGUGGAUGGCUCGGAGAGAAAGCUGGAGGAGGCCAGCAGUCAGAACAGCGACCUGCUGGCAGUCGUCACAAAGCGCGAAGAGACGAUCCACGGGAACCAGCUCCGCCUUGAGGAGAAAUCACGGGAGUGUACGCUGCUGAGCCGAAAACUUGAGGAGGCUCUGGAGGAUGCUCGACAUCAGAUGUCAGGCACCAGAGAGCGAGCCGCUACCAAAGAGCGCUCCACUCAGUCCAAGAUCCUCGACCUGGAGACUCAGCUGAGCCGGACAUCCUCGGAGAUCAAGCAGCUGCAGCGCAGCAAAGAGGAGGUGGAGCGGAGGUACCAGAGCAGACUCCAGGACAUGAAGGAUCGCCUGGAGCAGAGCGACAGCACCAACCGCAGCCUGCAGAACUACGUCCAGUUCCUCAAAGCCUCCUACGCUAACGUGUUCGGUGACAUCGCUCUGAGCAGCUCGCUGCGAGCGCAAUCACCAAUCUGACGUCAGACUGUGAGACGUUUACUACAUGCACACAUUCGUCCAUACAAGCUUGUUCAGAGGAGUAACAUGUAUCUGCUGUCAGAAUGUACGUUUCUUUAACAGUUCAUUUAGAAAAGAUUUAUCACAACAGAAGAUGCUUUGUAAAAGAAGCUUUUAAAUAUAGAACUUUUAAUGUCCUAGAGAUAGUAUGUACAAACAAAGCUCUUCUUCACCACGUGGACCCAACCCAGAGACAGAACCUUUUUAUUAAGUGAGCCCAUAAUAGCACUAAGGAAGGUUUGUCAUUUACACUGAACCAAACACAUACAGAGUAUUUCUGCUACAGUGUGAGAUUUUACAGCCUCACAGUGUUCAGGACCAAAAAGAAGAGACAUGCAAAACAGCUGCGACGUCUUUACGUAUGAUAUACAUGAAGGGAAGUUACGUUGCUGUCUUUUUAAUAAAGAUGGUAUUUUCCUGGCUUAUUUAAAAUAUAUUGUUGGUCUGAACUCUACAGGUGCUUCUUAACGUCCCUUCUAGAGGCAGCUGAUCUUUCUGUCUACUCAAAUUGAAAACUGUAAACUGGCUGCUAACUUCUUGUUUCUUUCAGCUACUAACGGCUCACGAUCACCUGGGCCCAGUUGUUCAAAAGUAAUCUGAACGGAUUAAAACCAUCUUGCUGGAUCAAAUUUAAAACACAGGAUGUUUAAAGGUUAAUCUUGUUUUCAUCUGAAUGAAACCUCCAGGAGUGUUGAUAUCUUUUGAGUAAGAUGUGAAACUUUGAUCUAGAAAAUCACUGAGGAGGGAGCUGGUUUCAGGCUGGAACAUUUUAAAAUUAUGUUGAUUCUUAGAUUUUCUUUUUUUAUAUUUGCACUUUAAUUACUGAACCUUUCACACGUCUAAAUUCACAUUAGGGUUGUGAAAUAACCUGAUUUUGUCCACUUAUAAUAUUUCAAUUUAAUGCAUCAUAAUUAAACAUAAGAUGAUUAAUUCAAGCAGCUGCAAGGAUCUCUCAAUUUGUGUGGGUGGAUUUUGGCGCCCCCUGUGGACAAAGUAUGAAGUAUAAUGUCUUUAUCUCAAUUAAAUUAAUCUAAUACAGUUUUUUUUUUAACUUCAGGACCAAAAAGUAAAAUGGAUUACCUGAUCCUAGACAAAAAAAUAAAGGAUUCAAUCCAGAUCAUUCUGAUCCAGAUUAAAACUUUUGAACAACCUGGGUCUAGCUGAUAAAACCAACAAACGCUCCAACUAAAUUAUAAAAGCUUUAAUUUUGAUUGUGCCUUUUCAGAUUUAAUUUUAUCUUCAUGCAAAAAAAGAAACAAUUUAACAAUUUAAGUUACAAAACUAAAGUUUAAUACACUAAGUAAGAGAACUAAAAGGCAACAUAUUCAGCUUUUACAGGUGUGCACUAAACUUUCUGAGUUGUAUUUGAAUGCAUAACUUCAGUCGAAGCCAUUCAUGACACAUUUUGUGCUUGACGUCUCCUCUUUGGCUGAAGGAAGAUGAAAUAUCGGUGCUAUCACAAUAAAGUGUCAAAAUGGUUAUUUUGGGUUUACAGUAUCACAGAUGAUUUCAAAUGUUACAAAUGUUUUUUUUACUAUUUCAUAGAAUGUUUUUAAAGACUGAGUAACUUAUAUUCAACUGAAAAAGUGGCAAUAAAAUAUGUUUAAUUUAA